GGCGUGGAGUGGAGCCAGUGGAGGCGGGAGUGCGAGGCGACUCGCGCGAACAUCUGUCACCGUGCGUGAACAAGUCGGAGCACUCGGAGUCGCAGUAGUUAACCCGCCCUGUUUCGGUCCUCCGAAAAACCGCGACACACAUACCUACUGUCAUGGCACCCGCUUUUGUGAUUUUUUGAGACGCACGGCAGUCACCGCGUACACAAACACAACACGAGACACAGCACGGCAUCUCGCGCGCGCAUACACGCGAGCUCGCACCCCCGCAAUUGUCGCGCUCAUCGGCGAUUUUUUGCUCACGGAAAGACAAGCGGAAGCUCACCCUCUUCCCUCGUGCCAGACACGAUAAUAAAUCAUGAGCUCAGGUAGACCAAUAAAAUGUGUAGUGGUAGGAGAUGGGACAGUAGGAAAGACCUGCAUGUUAAUAUCGUACACGACAGACAGUUUUCCUGGGGAAUAUGUACCUACCGUGUUUGACAAUUAUUCUGCACCAAUGGUUGUCGACGGAAUUCCGGUUAGCCUAGGGCUAUGGGACACAGCGGGGCAGGAGGACUACGACAGACUGCGUCCACUCUCCUAUCCUCAGACAGACGUGUUUCUCAUUUGUUUCUCCGUAACGAGCCCUUCGUCAUUCGAAAAUGUCACCAGUAAAUGGUACCCUGAGAUAAAACAUCACUGCCCAGAUGCACCAAUGAUCCUCGUUGGAACUAAAAUAGACUUGCGUGAUGACCGUGAAACGCUUACUGCCUUAGCUGAACAGGGCCUUAGUGCUAUUAAGCGUGAGCAGCAGAAGCUGGCAAACAAGAUUCGCGCGGUGAAAUAUAUGGAGUGUUCCGCUCUCACGCAGCGCGGACUGAAGCAGGUAUUCGACGAGGCAGUGCGUGCUGUUUUAAGACCUGAGCCGCAGAAACGUCGACAAAGAAGGUGCAUUAUGUUAUAAGUGACGGCAAAAAUUGAAGGGAAAUACAUAGGUAUACACGUAUAUAAAGCAACCGAUCAAAAUAAAUUUGAUCAUGCAAAGAAAAAAAAAACGAAUGUUUUAAAGAGAAAAUGAAUAGAAUACAUGCAUUUUAACGAAUUAUUCUCUGGCAGCUAUAGAAUAUUAUCAUAUUACGGAAAGAGUACAAUUUAAAACUUCCUGGUCUCAACGCGAGUCGUGAUGCUUAAUUCACGAUCAGAAAGUUUAGACAACGAGAAAGUAAGAAGAAAAAAAAGAGAGAUAAAAUAAAUAUUUAGCAACAUUUACGGGGGGAAGUUUACAAGCUGCAGGCUUGCAGGCGUCUUUCCUUGAACUUGCAUUUAUACAUAUAUUUGCAUAAUGAUAAAAGGAUACAUGACCAUAGUAACGUGCAGUCAAUAGUUUAGUGGAAAAAACGGCUCAUGAUAUUUUUUUUUGUUAUUCUACAAGAGAAUCUCUGUUAAUAUUGCAGUCCUACAAAUCGAUCAAUGCAUUGUAAAUGUGUUGUGAUGAUUAAGUACCGAAGCUUUAUUUCGGAGGGCUGCCAGAUUUUUGACUUUUUUACAUUUACAAUAGUAGGAACAUUAAUUUUUAGUACGUAUAAAGUGCGAUAGCUGUCACAACAAUCCACCAUGCUGAGAAGUUUUACGAGAUUAUAAAACUAGCAUUAUAGAAUUAUUUAAACAUGCAGUGCCAUAGCAACGAAAAAUCAAAUUUUACAAGCACUCUUAAUCAAUCAAUCAGUUCAGACAAUAUAUAUAUAUUUUACUAACGAGAAUAACGAAAAUUUUUAAAAGAUAUAGCCAGUAAAAUUGGAGUGCAUAAUGGUUCUUUAGACAAAAGUAUAGCAUGUUUGUCUUUCCAUAUAUUUGGGGCAUUUGAGAUUUUUAUUUUUAUCAAUACUUUUCAUAUAAGAAAUGUAUGGUAUGCAUACAGAAUACUGCCAUAAAAUAACGAAAAUUUCAUAGUAUUCCUAAUACUAUUAGAGAAGGAAGAAAAUCAAUAAUCUCUCAUGUAAUAAUUAUACAAACUGAAUCUGAUAGUGAUAGCACAUGAGACAUUUGUUAUUUAUAAUUGUGACAUGCCUGUGUGUUGAAAUUAAGAAGUAAUAACGUAUUGUGUAUGUGCAUUAAUAUUUAUUUUAUUUUAAUAAAUUACAAAACGGAGAAUUUUAACGUAGUUUUAUAUAUGCGUAUUGCAGGAUUUCAAUAUGAUGUUUUAUUUAUAACGUUUUCUGUUUGUGCUUGUAACGGGGUUUUGAUAUGAGUUUUUGCAUUGGUGCAAUUUGACCUAUUAAUAUUAUUCGAAAUUCGAAUUCAUAAGCUGAAUAUUCUUUAUAAAAAAAAUAAUCAAAA